AUGAAUUCAUUUCACUCAUGCUGUUGAAACAUGCCUGCUGAAAUUUUAAACAAAUCCUGGAAAAAAAGAAUUUACUUAUCAACCCCCAGCAUUGUUGAUAUAGUCAAUCUUCUUUCCAUUGGGAUCAUCUGUCUAACAGGGCUGGUUGGCAAUAUCCUCAUCAUAUUUACGAUCAUAAGGCACAGAAGAAAAAAAAUCCUUAACAUUUAUAUCUGCAACCUGGCUAUGGUUGAUUUGAUCCACAUCAUUGGAAUACCUUUUCUCAUUCUCCAACAGGCCUGAGGGGGAGCGUGGCUGUUUGGGAGGCCUCUGUGCCCCAUUGUUGUGUCCCUGGACAGCUGCAACAAGUUUGCCUGCAGUUCUGUUAUUGCUGUAAUGUGUGUUUCCAGGUACUUGGCCCUCAUCCAACCAUUUUAUCUGACGAGUUGGAGAACGAGGUACAGCACCAUGUGCAUCAAUUUGGGCCUUUGGGUAGCUUCUCUUAUUCUGGCAUUGCCUGUCUGGGUCUACUCAAAGGUCAUCAGAUUUAAAGAUGGUGUUGAGAGUUGUGCUUUUGAUUUAACAUCCCGUGGCGAUGUACUCUGGUAAUAAACACUUUUAACAAUAAUGACUUUCUUUUUCCCUUUACUGUUUAUUUUGGUGUACUAUAUUUUAACUUUAUGCUGUACUUAGGAAAUUUAUCAACAGAAUAAAGAAGCCAGGUGUUGCAAUCCCAGUACUUCAAAGCAGAGAGUGAUGAGGUUAAACUAUGACACUAGUGCCGGAGGUUGUCUCGCCCCCUAUGUGAUACAGCUGGUGAAUUUACAGAUGGAGUGGCCCACACUGGGCUUCUAUGUGGGCUUUUACCUCUCCUGUCUCAGCUACACUGUGUUGAGUGGAAAUUUCCAGAAACAUCUGCCUCAUGUACAAAAUAGGGUGACCUAGAGGGAAAUCAACAACAUGGAAAAUGUACUGCAAUCAAACUUUUAG